AGUUGCAAUCUCUCCUUCAUGUAAGCGAGCAACUGGUGGAGAACUUCUUUGCUUUUUGGAACAGCUUGCUUUGGAAAAGCUGAACGAAAUCAAAACCGAGGACGCAGAGCAAAGCAAAACACAAUGUCUGCAGACAUCACAGACAUCACUCAAGCCAUUCGAUUACUACCUGAGAGCGAAAGGGCUGCGGUGCUUUUAGCUUGGGUGGAAGCGAAGCGCGCCGAGGCGGAAGUUAAGCGCGCCGAGGCGGAAGCCAAAUUGGCCGAGGUCAAGGCGGACACCGCUCGGAGGCUUGCCGAUAUCCGCCGGGUUGCGGAAGAGAGGCUUAAGACGCGGAGCUUUGCGGACGCUUUGUUUGUUAUAGCGACGGUUGUCGCCAUCGCAUGGAUAAUCGUCGCCAGCCUGUGCUUUCGAGCAGCGCAGCCCGCCGCCAAAACGGGAACGGUGUUCCUGUUUGCGCUUUUUGGAAUCGUUUUAGGGGCUGGGUUUCAAUUUGUACAUGGUCUUGGCGUGCUGGACUCGCAGAUCAAAGCCGAUAUCCUUCAGCUGGUGCAUUACGUCGAUAUCGCCGAAGACCGAACGGACGCCUUGUAUGAUGGCAUUAGGUCGCUAGCUGAGAAGACGAGUGCCAAUUCGAAAAAGGACUCGUUAGGGCUAUUGAAGGGGUGUUGAGCAUUCCGAGUAGUAUCAGAAGCAUCAUGGGUGGAUUUCGGGCUGGAAUUGCGACUCUGCGUCAGCGUGAUCCACGUCGGCCUUUGUACAGUAACUCCAUUUAAUUCGAGCUGUACCAUUUUUUUGGCAAAGGAGAAGGGUGUUUUGGUCGACGUAAAUUUCAAACGCCAUUGAGAUAUUCGUGUGGAAGUGAUACAAGCGCGAGAUGCAGCAGAUGUUCAUGGCUAUUGCGCGAGAAACUGGUGAUGACGA